UUCAAUUAAUAGAACAAAAAACCAAACAAAAUAGUAGUCUUGGAAGAGGGAGAGGAAGAUCUUGAAGUAAACCUCACUUAACUAAACAAAAUAGCUAAAAAUGAGGAGCAACUCAAUCAGAGUUGUUCUUCGACCUGAAUUUGAAGUUGCCAGCUAAAUAUGUCUUCAUCAAAAUAAUGAAAAAAAGGCAUUAUUUCUGAACUUUAUACUGUCUCUUGUCCUCUCAGUCAUUCCUUCUGUAGAAAAGGAAACCAGCGUCGCCUCUUGUGUAGAACCUUCAAGCCAAAAAAAGGUUACUGUCCACCUUAAAAUGCUUCCUUGGCCUCUGCCAUUUCCCUCCUUCGGUUCCGUCUCAGUUCCUGUUCAUGUUCGUCUGCGCUUGCUGGGUCUGUAGCCUUAUAGUGAAGUGCUAGCUACUACUCCAGCGGUUGAGGGAUGGAGUUUGGCGGAAAGGUGGGUUUGUUGGCCGGUGCGUCCUCGGAAUCUGGCGCUGUCUUCUCGUCUUCCAUGGAGUCCUCCGACGCUGAGCUCAGCAGCCAGAGGGCGACUGAAGCUGAGGAGCAUGGCAUGCGAUGUCUCAAGCUGGCUAGAACUGAGCUAAGGAUGGCAGCGCCUGUAAAAAUGUCGCCUUUCUUUACUCCCAACUGUCUCUUCCCUGAAGGAGGAGGAGGAGAGCAAAUGCUGAGUUUCUCUUCACCGUCAAAGCAGGGAGCAUUGAUGCUCACCCUGGAUGGGACAUUGCCAUGCUACCAUCACCUAUCAGCAUCUACACCAGCUCCCUCUCAUAUGAGGAAUGCAGGCAUGCACACAGGGGGAUCUGGUGAACACAAGCAUGGAGUCUUGGCCAGGGUGAAUGGACUUUUCACUCCUCCUCAGUGGCUGGAGUUUGAACGCCAGGCCUUGAUCUACAAACACAUCGUUGCAAAUAUUUCCAUUCCACCAAAUCUGCUGGUGUCCGUUAGGAGCGGUUUUGGGUUCCCUCCCUUCUCAGCUGGAUAUUUUGGUUCGAUGGGAUGGCGGCAAGUAGGAAAGGAGGAUCCGGAGCCGGGUAGAUGUCGCCGAACUGACGGGAAAAAAUGGCGAUGCGCAAGGGACGUCGUCGCCGACCAGAAGUACUGUGAGAGGCACAUGAAUCGGGGCCGCCAUCGUUCAAGAAAGCAUGUGGAAGGCCACAUCGACCAUGCCGCGAAUGUGAUACCUACAAAGUCUGCCUCUGCUGCGCCUAGAGAAGGUGGAACUUCUGGCUGCCUCACCAAUUCACUGCAUCAGACUGAAUGUUUGCAGACAAAUGGUUGUUACCCUUCACAAUUGGACAGGAUGGAGAUGAGCACUGAGAAAGUUAAUGAAUGCACACAAGAUUUUGGAUCUCUCUCCUCGCCUUAUUCUUUGAACUCAAGGAAUAGCAGCAAAUUAUUUCCAUUAUCACAAGAACAGAAUCCCUUUGAAGAGGAGUCAUGUGGAUUCCAACAUAGGUUCAUUUUGAUGGAUUCUCCUUUCAAACCUCCCAGCAGUUCCUCAGAUAGCAUUCAAUGCUCCGACGACGAAUUGUCCAGAAACCAGUUUGUAUCCUGGUCGGCAGAAGAAAUGCAAUAUGAUAGAACCCAACUCUCUAUUUCAAUGCCCAAGUCUUCUUCGAAUUUGGUACCAGCCUCUCCAAUCAGCAAGGAGCAAAUGAGUCUUUCCUCACAGGAAAGUAAUGCUAUCAAUGUGGUUCGAGAAGGUGUGCCAAAGGAAGCCAGCCAAUAUCAGAAAGGUCAGGUACUGAUUUCGUCGUGGGAGUGUUCCAUGGCCGGUCCACUUGGAGAGGUUCUAAACAAUUCUAGGCACACCACCGACGAACAAUGCAAAAACCUUUUCUCCUCAUCUAUAAACUUCUUGGCUGAUGGAUGUGAUUUGAACAAUUGGCUGGAGUCAUCCCCAACUCAUGUCCUGCAGAAGACUAACUUCCGGUCGGUGUCUAGCAGCGCUUGGAGCAGUCCAAGGGAAGAUAACCGCAAUUCACCUGAAAAUAAAGGCAGCUUGUGUGAUGAUAUUCUCGGUUCAGCUCUAUUGCGUGUCCCAACAAUUCCCUCAUAGUGUGCCUUCUUCCGCAAACUGCAACGGCAAACAUCAGCAUAGAGAAACAAAAUGAGUGAAAAUGAACAACUGAAUUGUUUCAAAGGAAUGCAGAAAGGCUCGAUGUGCUUACUUUUCUACCAGCAUGUUUUUGUUUUCCUUCAGUGCUUGUGUACUUGGUAUUCACUCUAUCCAAAACCAUGUUUAUUCAAAACCAUUUCGCUAAGUAUUGUAUGGUAUGAAUGGUAAGAACUGAAGCCACACAACAAAUUAUACUCUGUUCAACAAACUCUUCAGAAUCAUUUGGCCUCUGAUUUGAUAUUCCACAAA